ACGCUGUUUACUUCGCGUCUCAUCAUGACGUUCUCAUCGUUGCUGCGAGUAUGCGCGCUCUCUUCCUUCUCUCUCUUCCUGCAGCAUGUCUCGGCAUACGUGGGUAGCGCUACUGUAUCUAGCACAAUCCUAAUCAUUGCGCGCGAUACAACAUCUGCUACCAAUGGUGCUGCACUUGGUCUCCAAGGAUAUGGUAUCCCCUACGAGAUCCUCACUGUCCCACAGGCUGGCAUAGCCAACCUACCUCUGCUCAACUCUACGGUUACGAACGGAAACUAUGGUGGUAUUAUUACCAUAAGCGAAGUGGGAUACAACUACAAUGACCUGUACUACAGCGCACUCACAGAUGCGCAAUGGAGCCAAUUGUACGCCUACCAGACCAAUUUUGGUGUGCGCAUGGUCCGCUUGGAUGUGUAUCCUACGGCCGACUUUGGGGUUUCUCCCAAUGGUGGCAACUUGAACGACGAGCCAGUGUCCUUCACGAACAUGUCUGGAUUUCCAUCUGCCAAUCUCAAGGCAAAUGUUCCCGUCAGUAUUGCAAGCAUUUACCACUCUCCCGCAACUAUUGUGAACGCUUCAAUUGCGUGGGAAGUGGCGAAGUUCUCAGUCGGUGGAUCCGCUGCUGUUAUAAACCAAAUUGGCGCCCGUCAGCAGAUGGUGUGGUUCUUGCCUUUUGCGUUAGACUGGGCGCCCUCUAGCAACAUCUUGCAGCACGCAUGGAUCACUUGGAUCACCAGGGGUCUUUAUGUUGGCUUUCGGAGAAUUUACCUGAGCACACAAGUGGAUGACAUGUUCCUGGAGACUGAGCUUUACAGGCCACAGGGCCAGAUCUUCCGUGUCAAGCCAGAGGAUCUUUCAGUGCACGUCCAAUGGCAGGCUGGCCUCAACGCGAGGAUGCCUGCUGGUUCUGAUUACUUCGUCGAGAUUGGACACAACGGUAACGGUGAUAUUGAAGCUAGUGUGGAAACUACCAAGGGUCAGACGGUAUGCUCGCCUAGCAACGCUAUCGAGUAUGCGGAACAGAAGGACGGUAGCCCAGAGUACCAGAAGCCACCUGGCACAGGCGUCAACAUCUGGCCUACCACGCCUACUCAGUACACUUGGAGCCUUGAAUGUGCGAAGCUCGAUGCAUUGGAGAACUGGUUCGCAGUCGCAAGCCAGCGCGACGCGUUUGCGCACAUCUCGCAUACAUUUUCACACAUGGAUUUGACUAACGCCACAUACUCGGACGCGUCCAAAGAGAUCACCUUUAACCAGGCAUGGCUGAAGCAGGUUGGACUUGAUGCCGCCAAGCGCUGGAGCCCCAACGGCAUCAUCCCGCCUGCGAUCACUGGUCUCCACAACGCAGACGUUAUCAAGGCGUGGAUGGACAAUGGCAUCAACAACGUAGUUGGAGACAACACUCGACCACCGCUCCGCAACACACAGAGCACUUUCUGGCCAUUGACCACCAACGUUGCAAACAACGGCUACGCUGGGCUCAUCGUCAUGCCGCGAUGGGCUUCAGUCAUUUACUACAACUGCGAUCUUCCGGCCUGUACGCUGCAAGAGUGGAUCGACACUUCUGCUGGAAAGGGAACUUUCGAUGAUCUGCUCACAAACACGCGAAACACUGCCAUGACCAACCUGUUUGGCCUCCACUGGGACCCUUACAUGUUCCACCAAGCCAACAUGCGCGUCAGCGAUGUCCCAUCGACUACCGUAAACGGCAAAUCGGGACAAUACUCCCUGCUCAUGACAUGGGUCGAGGUCAUCACUGCCGAGAUGAUGCGCCUUACUACCUGGCCGUUCAGGACGCUCAAACACGAUGACAUGACACAGCAGUUCAUCAACCGACAGACUCGAGACCUGUGCCGCCCUAGCAUGACAUGGACCACCUCAGCCGAUGGCGCUAGUGUCACUUCGGUCAACGUGUACACCGCUGGCGGCAACAAGUGCGGAACCACGAUUCCCAUCACGGUGCCAGGACCUAUUUCUGACACCACUGGUGCGACUAAAGAACAGGUUGGGAGCGACCCACUCACCUUGUGGGUGACAAUGAGUGGCGCAAGCAGGCAGUACAAGUUGUCUUCGGCACUACAACUGUAGGGGCCAUCGCCACCACCAAAAAGCACUGCAUCGUCAAGGUCGCGCUUCAAGUUUCUUCGUAUCUAAAUUUAGUAUCAUUUCCAUAGAUGGUGCUUAUCCAAUUGAUUUCGUCUCUGCCCCACGAA